AUGAUUCCCACAUACCUCCCCAAACCCAAUUUCAUCCCUUCCACCUCCCCAUUCUUCAUGAAGCUUCACUGGGACCGAUUUGCCAUUCGUCAGGAAGGGCCUCGAAGUAUUGGCCCACUGCUAUGGACAUCUGGAACACCUCCCUCAGUGUCCCCAGAGCAUACUGGUCAACUUGCUAGACUCUCAUUUCAUGGGAGGAGCUUUCAACCAGUUUUGAUAUCCCCUGGAGCACCUCUGAAGCGUCCAGCUGGACCAAGAGCUAUGCCUAAAAGACCCACCCAGGCCCAGGAUCUAUCCACAAUGUCACAGGAACCUGGGACUGUACAGUGGUGCAUUCCUGCCCUGCAGACAGUUCAUAAGAACAUCCCUGUAUGUCUCCAGGUGUCCAGAAUCAGGCUUUCAGACCCUCCUCCUCGUCGAAAACCUCCCUGGAUAGCUUCUUUCCAUCAGGGCUAUGUCUUUGCACAUUCCCAGGUGUCCAGGAUCGCACUUUUGGACCCUCCUCCUCGUCAGAAACCCCCCUGGAUAGCACCUUCUCACCAGAGCAGCUCUGAUGAUGCCCCAGAGCUGGAGGAUUAG